AGGAAACGAUAUGUAUUGAGCAGAUAUAGCUGUUUAAAUCUCGACGUUUUGGCUGCUUCCUGUUCCUGGACGUCUGCUAUUCCGAAAAAUGCAGCCUUACUACCUUCUUUUGUUUGGGGCAACUUCUUCUCAACCCUCCUCUGUGUUGAGGGAGUUUUUCAUUUGCUGGCAAAUGACCUCCUUGUUUCCUCUACGUUCCUCUACUUCAUGAGAAUCUGAGGGCUGAAAACCUUGCUCUUUAAUGCUGCUUUUCCAGAGCAGCCGCAGCCAGGAUGAAUACAGCCUGAAGUACAUGAGCGGCCAUAUGGGGAGAAGCAGACAGAAAGCAGGGGAUGAUGGAGAACAGAGCCUCAUCGGGCCUCCAUCCUCCACUGGUGGGGAUCUCCUGGACCAAAACGCCUCCAAGCCAUGCUUCGUCUAUAUGUUGGCGCUGUUCUCUGGCCUGGGGGGGUUUCUCUUCGGGUACGACACCGGGGUGGUCUCCGGGGCCAUGCUGCUCCUGAAGAAGGAGAUGAACCUGAGCGCUCUGUGGCAGGAGCUGCUGGUGUCCAGCACUGUUUGGGCCGCAGCCUUCUCCGCCCUGGCGGGAGGCUCCUUGAACGGCUGGCUGGGCCGCAGGGUUUGCAUCCUGUUGGCCAGUUUCAUCUUCACCAUUGGAGGCAUCACCCUGAGUUUAGCCCCCGACAAGGUGGUUCUUCUAGUGGGGAGAGUCAUAGUUGGUUUGGGCAUAGGCAUUGCCUCUAUGACAGUUCCUGUAUACAUCGCUGAGGUUUCCCCCCCUCACCUGAGAGGUCAGCUGGUCACCAUCAACAACCUCUUCAUCACCGGCGGACAGUUCAUCGCCACGGUGAUCGAUGGAGUGUUCAGCUACAUGAGUCACGACGGCUGGAGGUACAUGCUAGGUCUGUCCAUUGUCCCAGCAGUGCUGCAGUUUUGCGGCUUCCUCUUCCUGCCGGAGAGCCCCCGCUGGCUCCUCCAAAAGGGGCGGAGCCAAGAGGCCCGGCACGCUCUGAGCCGCAUCCGAGGAGGCCAGAACGUCGACGAGGAGUACGACUCCAUCAGGAGCAGCAUCGAGGACGAGGAGAAGGAGUCGGGCGGAGGAGGGAUUGUUAUUUUGCGAAUGCUUAAAUACGGUCCGACUCGACGGGCUCUCUUCGUCGGCUGCGGCCUCCAGAUGUUUCAGCAGCUGUCGGGAGUAAACACCGUCAUGUACUACAGUGCAACUAUUCUGCAGAUGGCGGGGGUGCGGGACAUUAAGCGGGCGAUCUGGUUGUCUUCUGCAACUUCUGCCACAAACUUUGUGUUCACCAUGUUAGGAGUGUGGCUGGUGGAGAGGGUGGGCCGCAGGAAGCUGACGCUGGGCAGUCUUCUAGGUACCGGUCUGAGUCUGACUGUGUUGGCCUUUGGCUUUUUAAUGUCUGCUCAGUAUUCUCCGCCCAUCACCCUUCACCCGGUCGACCCCCAAAACUUAACAUGCACACUUUAUGGGUCCUGUGAAUCCUGCAUGUUGGAUCCAGAUUGUGGAUUCUGUUAUCGUGAAAACGGCACCGCUGUGUACGACUCCUCCUGUGUUCCUGUCAGCGCGGCGUCCACAGAUCACGCUGCGUGGGGAAGUUGUUACAACCAGACAGGACAGGAGUUACCCGACAGUUCGCUCUGGGCGUACAACUACUGUCCAACCCCUUACUCUUGGAUCGUCCUGCUGGGCCUCAUCCUCUACCUGGCUUUCUUUGCUCCAGGUAUGGGCCCCAUGCCUUGGACCAUAAACUCUGAGAUCUACCCGAUGUGGGCGCGCAGCACCGGGAACGCCUGCUCAGCCGGAGUCAACUGGAUCUGCAACGCUCUGGUGUCUCUGACCUUCCUCCACAUCGCUCAGAUGCUCACCUACUACGGAGCGUUCUUCCUGUACUCGGGGCUGGUGGUGCUGGGGCUCCUCUUCGUGCAGGGCUGCCUCCCGGAGACGAAGGGCAUGCAGCUGGAGGACGUGGAUCACCUGUUCACCGGUCCACUCUGCUCCUGUGGAGCCUCCGCCCCCCCCACCGACAGCAGCAACGUCCAGUACACCCGGAAUCCAACGGAAACGAGUCCGGCACAGUACGGAGCGGUGGGGUCAGACCGUGCUAUAGCCUUUAUUACUGUAAGUACUGAAACAAGGUGCGCACAAGCUUUAAAUACUGUCUGUACCAAAUGUAAUGUUCGAUGUGUUUGUGUUCACAGCUCAGAUAACGGUGACCAAGUAGCCCUGAACAACUUAAUACAAAGCACCUUUAUUCACAACUUCCCGUUUGCACUCUUUAAUGUCUUAUUUGCAUUUUAAAUGGUUGAAUCUAUAGAUUUCCUUUUAAAAGUUCUCUGUUUUUUGUUGAAGCAAAGCAAGGCAGAAAUUACAAUUCUUGUGUCUUUUUUAAUGUUUUAUUUAAGAACAAUUUUAAUUGUAACUAUUGAUAAUAAUCUACAAACAUAUGGGGAUAGUUUUCUGAUGAUUGAAUGCUUGGAAAUAGCACCAAAAUCUAAGUAUUUUUCGAUACUUCUCACAUAUUUUGCCGUUGUAAUUGUGUAACAUCAUGUUAUAAACGUUGUUAAAACUUGUAAACAAUAUGACAGCAGUGAUGUAAUCCAGCCGCUAUUAUUGUUCAUCUUGUUGAAAACCAGCCUGUGUGAGAAUUAAAAGGAAAAUGUCACACUGCCCUUUUGAACACCUUAGUGUAUCCUCAGGUAAUGAGUGUCUUCAGAUUGGCCAUAGAUCAAUGUAACAUAAUGGUGUGUUGGAUGUGUUCACUUUGGUACUUUGUCAUUUCCAUUUUGUAUUUAAAAUGAUCACAAUGUUACAUUGAAUGUCCUGUUUAUCAAUGUGACCUUUGGAAAUAAACAAGCACAUUGAAGCAAUUUGAAACCAUGUGGCCGAAAUGAUAUAUGAUGCAACACUUCACUAUUUGAUGCAUUGUUUACAUUAAGGUAGUCAUUAAAUAUUCUAUAAAUGA